AUGGCUCUACAAGAUCUGACAGAUCCACCAGAAGAUCAUCUGUCUUGUUCGUCUGAUCCUGGUCAAGAACCGCCUGGUUUUGUACCAACAUGUCUGCAGAAUUCAGCUGAUCAUCAGUCGGAUCCAUCUGUCCAUGAAACCAUGGCUCUACAAGAUCUGACUGAUCCUACAGAAGAUCGUCUGUCUGGUUUGCCUGAUCCUGGUCAAGAACCGCCUGGUUUUGUACCAACGUGUCUGCAGGAUUCAGCUGAUCUUCUUCCAGGCCCGUCAGCUCUUGAGCCAGUACUCCCAAAAUUUCCAGCUGCUUGCAAGCAUAGACGAAUCAAGGAUCAAACCCGAGCAGCCUGUUUCAGCCGUCCAACUCCAGUACCAUUUGAUGAGAUUUAUGAAGUGGGAGAUGAGCUUGGACAAGGAGGCUUUGGCACUGUGUACGAGGGGACUUCAAAAAAUCAACGCAAGAAGGUUGCUAUCAAAAUCAUCCACAAGUGUGAAAGAGACCGUUAUAUUGAACUACCUGGCUGUUCAAAGCCACUGUUUGCAGAAGUGGCUGCAAAUCUGCUGCUGAAACAGGCUCCAUUAAGCCCCUACAUUGUGUACAUGCUGGAAUGGUUUGAAGAGGAGGAUCGGUUCAUCCUCAUCCUGGAACAUCCGGAACCCUGCAAGGACUUGCUCAAAUUUGUGGUUAACAACAUGCAUUGGGCUAACGAAUUACAGACACGUAGCCUGAUGUAUCAAGCGGUGCUCGGGGCCAAGCACUGUCUUGACCGAGGUGUCUUUCACCGGGACAUUAAGUUGAAUAACUUUCUGAUCAACACGACGACUAACCGAGUCCAACUAAUAGACUUUGGCUGCAGUGACCUCGUCAAAAGUACAGGCUACUUGGGUGGUUUUAUAGGAGGAGUCUGCCCGCCUGAAUACUACAACGACUUAAGAUACAAGGCAGAGCCAACAACCGUCUGGUCUCUGGGUGUAAUGAUGUACACAAUGAUGUGCAAAUGUCGACCCUUUAGAAGUCCUGAAGACAUGAUGCAUGGCAGUCUGAGUUUUAACGUUAGAGUAUCCACAGAAUUGCAGAACUUGAUAAGUCGCUGCCUGACUGUUGACCCAACUAAGAGAGCGACUAUUGAGGAGAUCCUACAGCAUAAAUGGUUUUUUCAACAAAGCUCAACUUACGCAUGGAGCCAAUUUGAUCCUAAAGACUUUGCAGGAGUUGAUGUUGAUGCUGAUAUUUUUGAUGAGCUUGUGAGAACAUCUAAGGUGUCCUUCAGACUUUUAGACGGUGAUAAAGCCGGUAAGAAGCUGGUAAACAUCCUUGUGGCUGAUAUGGUAGAGAAGUAUGGUGUACCUGAUGAAAUUGAUGUGACUGAUGCAGACCCAAGGAAGGAUGAAGUGCAAGAUGCUUACACAGAGAAUUUAGCUCUGUUUUACUUGGCUUUGGAGGCAAAGCAUUUAGUCCCAGUCUCCACAAUCACAGAGAUGGCAAAUGAAAUGAAGACUCUUCAAGUUAGUAACUGA